CGCGCAGUCGCUGACAGUUGUCACACCUGAGCUGCACGACGAUCAGGCUCUGCAAAAAUGACUUUUCUAAUGAGAUUUUGGAGCUCAGUGGUGAAUAUAUUAUGCAUUCCACUUCACUUGAUCCACGCCGUCGGCCUGUUCGGAGUAUACAAGCGUGUCUUCCCGAUUUGUCUAUAUCGGAUUUCAAAAAAGUACAAUGAGAAAAUGCGCGAGAAAAAGAAGGAUCUGUUUCGCAGUUUGCCGGAGUUUAAGAAACCUGGCGGGCUACUCACAAUUUUAGAGAUUGGCUGCGGCACAGGUGCGAAUUUUGAGUUUUAUCCGCCUGGUAGCAAAGUGAUCUGCACCGACCCGAACCCUCACUUUCAGAAAUAUCUGACCAAAUGUAUGGGCGAGAACGACCACCUCACCUAUGACAGAUUCGUGGUGGCGUCGGGGGAGGACCUGAGGGCAGUGGAGGAUGAAUCGGUGGACGCUGUCGUCUGCACCCUGGUGCUCUGCUCGGUCGACGACGUUUCCCAAACCCUGCGAGAGGCACACCGCAUACUGCGACGAGGUGGAGCCUUCUUCUUCUUAGAGCACGUCGCUGCUGACCCCACGACUUGGGCGCACUUCUUUCAGCACGUUAUCCAGCCUCUCUGGUACUACUUCGGUGAUGGAUGCAAAGUCAUCCGGGAAACAUGGAAAUAUGUGGAGGCAGCCGGAUUCUCUGAUCUCAAACUAAGACACAUUGAGGCGCCACUCAACUUCAUAAUCAAACCGCACAUCGUAGGCUAUGCUGUAAAAUAAAUUCACUGGCUUUGUAGGAAGCUCCCACCACCCCCAGCAAACCGUUAUGUGAACACGUGGAGCAUUAACUGCCUUUUUUCUCUCUCUCUCUCUCUCUCUCGUAAUGUGACCAUCAGUGAUAGAAAGCACCAGUUACCUUAAUACUAUUUUUAUUUUUGUAUUAGAGUGAGCCUUUAAGUGUUUUGUAAAUACAUGGUAAACACUGAAAGACAACCUUACAUAGAUGGCACACAAUACUAAUUUUGUAUCCAGCUAAAGAGAAAAACAUAUUUCGGUGUUUGUUCCUCAAUUCCUCAUCUUCAACCUGGAUGUUGAACAAAACAACUUGUCUGAGUGUUUGUGACUUUAAAAAAAAAAUUACUUUUUUUUUUUUUUUUAAUGAUUUAGGU